GCAAUGGUGGAGCUCCUCAGGAAGCAGUACGUCCUGGCGCAGCAGCAGAAUGACCAAGUCAAGAUGGACGAGAUCGUGGCGGCGUGCCCAGAGGCCAAGCCGAUGGACCCCGUCGAGCCCGCUGAGCCAUCCAUGGGGCAGAAGCUCCAGCAAGCGGUGGCGGAGCUCAACAAGCUGCAGAAGCAACAGGACAAGCUCGCCGCGCAGCUCAAGCGGGCCACCGAGUAUCGUGACGACGUGCUCUACAAGAUCAGCACCAACGUGGCCGAGCUUGCGGAGGCAAAGCGGGCAUUCACGGAGGCAAAAGAAGAACUGGGUGGGGAAGAUGAAGUACCUGAAGCUGAGAAGAAGCCAGAUGAUGAAGAACAGUUCCCUACUCUCUCCCAGGAGGACCUGGCCAUGCUGGACGAGAAGCAGCAGAAGGAAUACGAUCAGAUCCAGAAAGAUUACCAGCAGGCUAAGACGUUCAUCAACGCAAAGAAAGAAGCUGUCCAGAAUGCCAAGAAGGCGCUCGACGCUGCCAAACAGAUCCACGAGAAAGCUAGUAAAAGACGUCGCGGAGGCCAAGGCGAAGCUCGUACUGACCAGGCACCUGCGGCAUCAGCAAUCCCUGAAUCUGUCCUACCAGAGCAGCCAGCUGGAGCAGGAAAGCCUAUGGAUCCAGAUCUCAGGUUGGCAGCCAAGUAUGACCUCUCCAAGGAUGACCAGGUCCAGACCUACCUCGCGGAGCUGGCCAAGAUCAAGGGCAGGACCAAGGUCGCGUUGGCUACCAGGCAGGCACCGCCACCGCAGCCGCAGCAGGAACCAAGCAUCAAGCCCAGGCCGGUGUACGUUAAGACGGUCUGGAUCGACGACGAGGUCGACUACAUCACCGAGAGUGCUUUUACUCGCAGGGGUGAUGCUAUGACUACCGCGCCGUCUCCCUUUUCUACUUGCGGGAGCUCUACGAGUGCUACGAUGGCGUCGGACCCAGAUCGUGCAGGGGCGCAGGAAUCUGGAUCAACGUUCUCAGUCAUCAACGGCACCAAGCAGAGCAAACUGAACAACGAUGUCAGGGACUUUGUCAACAUUUUCGUGGCCAACUGCACGCAGUACAAUGAGGCCGCCAAGAAGUUCGUAGAAGACGAGGAGAGGGAGGAGUACGAUAUAAUUGCAUUUAAUGAGCACCACUUACACGCGCAGGGCCACAGCAUCUUCGCCAAGGACUUCCACGACAUCACCAUCGUCAAGUGGCAGCUCAAAGGACAGGAGAUAGCAGUCAUCACAGCAUACCUCACGGCAUCGAUUGGUUUUACGGGUGAGAAUAUUCGCAAGAUGAAGCACUUCUUGCAGCUUGCGCGCAGCCUGGGCAACACGCCCUGGAUUAUCUGCGGUGACUUCAACAACGCGCCCCAGGAGCUUGAGGCGACGCCAUGGCUAAGGCUACUUGGAGCAGCGAUUGUGGUGCCACAGCACGUUAGUCAUACGUGCGGCAGUGGGUCGGGCAGGAUGAUAGACUAUGCAUUGGCCCCUCCCGUCUUUCGCCCGCUCCUGAAAGCAGUGCGAGCACAGCACGACGUCCCAUGGUCAUCGCACAUAGGUAUUGUUAUAGAGAUCUUGGCCAAGCCGAACAUGAUCACCAUCCGUAAGCCCAUGCUCCCAGCUAAGAAGCCCAUCCCGACCGCGGAUGUGCGGCGAGAGAAGGGCAUUGAGAGGAAGCAAAGGGACAGACAGCAGCACCAAGAAAUGGCAAAGUACUUCGACACAGAACUCCUGGACGACGCGCUCCUGGACGCGUGCUACACCGAGACCGUGGCUAUGAAGUGCGACCCGACCAUCUGGGGCGAGUGGGUUCAAGAUUCGCUGGCAUACAAGCAGAACCCGAGGGUGAGCGACUUGCUCGGCAAAGCAUACGGCAACUGGGCCAAUGCAGCGGAGAGGGCGCUUGCUGCAGUCACGCAGAACCCGAUCAAGGCUACG